UUUUCUCUACCAUCCUAUCUCUAAUCAGUCUAGUCUUCACUAAAUCAACCGUUUUUAUAUUCCAUAAAUUGAUCCAUUAAUGUCUUCGAAGGAUAGUGAUUCUCCACCAGAAACUUUUGAAGUGUGCAUCUCCUCACCAGAAAUACACAAAAAAGAAAUAAUGACUCCACCACAGAAAUCAAAACCAAAAAGAAAUCGACGGAAAAUUUACAAAAUUCUUCCACAAAAUCAAUGUCCAUCGGUGUGUCAAAUUUGUAGAAAUCCAGCAAUUGGAUAUCAUUAUGAGGUACCAUCUUGCAAUGGAUGCAAAACAUUCUUCCGUCGUACAAUUAUCACUGGCCGUAAAUUUAAAUGUUUCAAAGUUAGUAAUUGUCUUGAUGGUAAUGACGUAAUCGAUACAUCGAAGCGUGUUUGUCGAGCAUGUCGAUUUGAAAAAUGUGUACAAGCGGGAAUGAAUCCAAUGGCAAUUCAAGCAGAAGCAAAGACUGAUGAAGGAGAAGAACUUAAGAAAUUGAUCGCUAAAAAGUUUGAAAACGGAGAAAAAUUAAAUGAUGGAACCGUAUUUUUUAAUGUACAUGACAGAUUGAAUCAAAUACUUGGAAAGUUGAUAAAAAUUGAAACAAAAUUGGAAAAAGUUCAUGAUAAUGGAAUGCCAAUGGGAUUUUUGGAUCAAAGAGAUUUAAGCACUGCGCUCUCUUCAAAAGUUAUCUAUAACAAUAUGGAAAUACCGUCAAUGAGCUAUACUCCUGUUAAAAUUUCAAAAAACACCGGAUUGCCAAAACGAAGGAGUCGAAACUUUGUUCAUUCAAGUUGUCUUGCAUCUAUCGAAUAUUCCAAAACAUUUGACUUUUCAAGUGCAAUUGACAUUUCAAGUAAAAUAAUUCUCCUUAAAAAUACUGCACUAUCUUGUGCAAACUUGACAAAUGCUUAUACAACAUUCAGAAAGCUGAAAUCAGAUACACUUUUAUACCCAGAUGGUAGUAUUUAUGGGCCACCACGACGGAAAAAUGGUCCUUUGAUUGAAAAACAACGAUCAUUUUUACAAAAUACGUUGAUAUCAUUUAUGACUAACAAUGUUGAUAAAACUGAAUAUAUUUUACUAAAAGCAAUAGUACUAUGUAAUCCAGCAAUAAUCGAUCUACCUUAUGCCGAUUCAAAACAUAUUCAAAGAGAGCGAGAGGUUUACGCUCAGUGUUUGUUCCGAUAUUGUCUACUACAACAUGGUACAUUACACGGGCCUGCAAGGUUUUCUGCUUUAUUAUCAAUAUUCAAUGUGUUGGAAAAUCAACAGAAGGAACAAAAGGAUUACUAUUUAUACAUCAAACUUAUACAUAGUCAAAAACACAAGGAUCCUGAGGUUUUAAAGAAGAAAUGUAUUAGUGUAAUUUAUGAUCAGAUUAUGGAUUAGAAAAAGAAAUCUAAUAUGAUAGUGAAUAAAUAGAUUGAUGAAUAAAAAUAAUUUUGAAAUGUACAUGUUUACAUUUUUAUUUGA